AUGCCCAGCAUCAUUGUGACAUUGGGUAUUGGGCAAGAUACGAAUGCUGAGGAAGCUCUGAGCAAGGUGCUACCAAAAGACUCUCUCUUUUAUGGCGCUGAUCCAGUUAGAAAAAUCAACGAAGAUCUCUUUAACAAAAUCGGCACAUUUUUCCCAUUCGCUAUUGGGUCAAGAUCGCGAAUUUCAAACGCAAGUGUUCUCAUCAACAGAACGUACGUCACGCGCAGCGUGGUCCAUGUCGAGUUAGCAUACUUUCUCACUGAAUUCAUUGGGUUUAGAGUCUAUGAUAACUUGUGGAUUGAUAUAGAAGGUGGUGAGUACGAAUUAUUUCCUUAUUUUUAUCGAAAUGGGAAGCUGGAUGAGCAUGGUAUCACACUCUGCCAGUUUAAUAUGGAAGUUCAUAGACCGGACGAAGAGCAGAAGGAGCUAUUCAGGAAAUUUGUCCUCAGGAUCCUAAAGGAUAAGCGCUACGCUUUUUUUCGACCAGUGCAGGGAAGACAUAUGCGUCUAUAUUUUUUGAAUUAUUCGGAAGAACAUUGUGUGUCAAAAUAUAUGCUCAACCAGACCAUGAACUUCUAG